GCAUUGGGGAGGAAUUUGGAAACGAUAAAGUAUUUUAAAACUUGUAUUUACUUUCAAUUUUUUCGUCUUACAUUUUUUAUUUGAGUGCGCCUGCUAUCUAUAAAGCAGCUACUGGCUGUAUAGUGAUAGUAACAAAAUAAGAAUUUGAGUAAUUGUGCAGAUAUGGAGUACAUUUCACCAGAUGAAAUCCCUAACGCCAAUGGUACUCGAAUUUUAUGCUGCCAGUGCGCAGUGCCCAUAGAAGCCAAUCCAUCCAACAUGUGCGUGGCUUGUUUGCGAGCUCACGUUGACAUCACAGAUGGCAUUCCCAAACAAGCAACACUAUUUUUCUGCAGGGGCUGCGAGAGAUAUUUGCAGCCACCUGCUGAAUGGUUGGUGUGUGCUCUGGAGUCCAGGGAGCUCCUGGCUCUAUGCUUGAAGAGGCUGAAAGGAUUGAACCGAGUUAAACUCGUUGAUGCUGGUUUUGCCUGGACUGAGCCACAUUCCAAGAGGAUUAAAGUUAAACUCACUGUGCAAGGAGAAGUUAUGGGUGGAGCAGUUCUCCAACAGACAUUCAUAGUAGAAUACACCAUCCAGCAUCAGAUGUGUGAUGCCUGUCACCGCUCCGAGGCCCAGGACUAUUGGAGAGCUCUAGUGCAAGUGAGGCAGCGUGCAAAUAACAGGAAGACAUUCUACUACCUUGAACAACUGAUAUUGAAACACAAGGCGCAUGAAAACACUCUGGGAAUCAAGCCUAAGCAUGAUGGGCUGGACUUCUUCUACGCAACUGAGAGCCAUGCACGCAAAAUGGUAGACUUUGUGCAAUCAGUGCUACCAAUAAAAUGCACACAUUCAAAGAAACUUAUAUCCCAUGACAUUCACAGCAACAUUUACAACUACAAGUUCACCUUCAGUAUUGAAAUUGUUCCGUUGUCUAAAGACAGUCUGGUGUGUCUACCCAAGAAACUGACGCAUCAACUUGGAUCUAUUUCUCCAAUUUGUUUGGUGAACAGAGUUACAAGCACGAUACAUUUGAUUGAUGCUAACUCUGGACAAGUGUGUGACCUGUCCUCAACGUUGUAUUGGCGACACCCUUUCACACCAAUAUGCAACCCAAAACAGUUGGUGGAAUAUGUGGUGAUGGACAUUGAUAUCCUAAAAGAGCAUGAAAAAAAAUCAUUCCCCGGGCAAGGCGCGGUGUCCAACAAGCACGUAGUCGCAGACGUUUGGGUGGUGCGAGCGAGCGAGCUAGGGCUAGACGUCAGCCCCGUUCACACCAGGACCCAUCUUGGACACAUACUGAAACCUGGAGACACAGUUUUGGGCUACAACCUCGAGAAUUCCAACGUCAACGAUAGCAAUUUCGACAAGCUAGAUCGUUCGGUGGUUCCGGAUGUCUUCCUAGUGAAGAAACACUACGGAGAGAGGUCUGCGAGACGUCGCGCUCGCAACUGGAAGCUGAAACACAUGGCUGAAGAAUUGCACGAAGGACUUAGUUCUUCUAAUGAGGAUUACAACGAUUUCCUCGACGAUUUGGAAGAGGACCCGACCAUCAGACAGAACAUCAACAUCUUCAAAGAUCAAAACCGGAUAGCGGUGGACACGGAUGAAAUCGACCCAACUCUCCCGCGCAUCACGCUCGCAGAAAUGUUGGACGAUCUCAAUAUCGAGGAUGUUGAAAUGAGUGAAGUUUAAUAUACCUAUUCUAUCUUUGUUAUUAAUAUUAUAGAUAAUAAAUAUAAUAUUUUUUAA